AAAAACAGUUCCUAUAUGCAUAAAUACUUGAAACAUUUCCUCAAAACUUACUGAUUGCACAAGUACUUUCCACACAAAAAUAUACACAAACAGUUGAAGACCACAACCAAGACUGCUCCAGAAGAGAAAAUAUAAUAGUGUAUCAUUAACGGCACUGCAAGUGUCUUAAAGAGUAACUGAACCUAAAAGGAUAUAACCUGUAAAAUGCAUAGAAAGAACAGAGAAAACACUGGUGAUAUCUACGAAAACCAUGGAAUAAGAGAGCAAUCUGGACAUUGGUUCACAGACUGCAACACAACGAGGAUCCAGACAUCUGAACUCAAAGGUACUGCACAUAAAUGUGACGACGAAAAUAUAAAAAAAGCAACAACCUGGAGAAUCCAAAAAGGAGGUAGACAAACCACUGAUGAUAUUUAUGAGAAUGAUGUUAUAGGAUGUAUUUCUGGAGAAGAGAUCAAUGACAACACAAUGAGAAUCCAGUCAUCUGAACUCACAGGAAAUGAUUUAGAGAGAAUGAAAAGCUUCAGAGCAGCACUAGUGUGUUUGAUCCUGCUAUGUGUUCUUCUGCUGACUGCAGUUUUAGUGCUGAGUGUCUUCAUCUAUACAAACAGCAUAAACUACACUGAAGAGAGACGCCAGCUACUAACCAACAUUACAGAAGACAGAGCUAAGCUACUAACCAACAUCACCAACCUCACAGAAAAGAGUAAUCAGUUAUUACAAAACAACACAAAUCUAUUGAAUGAGACAGACCAGCUAAAAUGGAAGAAAGAAAAUCUUCUGAAUCAGCUGAAAAAAAUUCUGACUGGAGAUGGGUGGACUUACAAUCAGUCCAGUUUUUACUACAAGUCCAAUAUAUCAAAGACCUGGAUUGUAAGCAGAAGUGACUGUAUAGCGAGAGGUGCAGAUCUGAUCAUCAUAAACAACCAACAGGAACAAGAUUUUGUUAUGAGAAAGUCUAAUGUUGCUGCAGUCUGGAUUGGUCUGAAUGACAUUAUUGUUGAGGGCACAUGGAGAUGGGUUGAUGGCAGUGCAAUGAAAAAUGAUUUGAGCUUCUGGGCAUCUGGAUCUAAUGAACCAAAUGGAGACACAAAUGAGAACUGUGUUGUGUCUGCUGAUAAAGUGACAGAAUGGCCUUAUACAUCAGGGUGGUCUGAUGUCUCUUGUGAAAGAACAUUUCAGUGGAUCUGUGAGAAGAAUAUUUCACAACUCAUAUAAAACUUAAGUGAUAACUGACUUACAGUACAUGUAAAGCAGUGUUUCUUAUCCCUAAUCCAUGUAAAUCUCCAACUGCUGCACAUUUUCUUUCUGAUUUUUUCUAAUCAGUUCAGUCUGAUAUGCUAAAUUACAGACUCAAGAGGAAUUUUUCCAUCCAACCAUAAUCACUUUGAAAACUGAUUUUUUUCCCUUCCAUAU